AUGGAAAACCAAGGGUUUGAGAUGCAAGAAAACGGGCUGGAACAUUUCUCUCCCAAUAAGAAUCACCAGCAGCCAAGACACUUUGAACCCGGACAGGAUAAGAAACGUUCCUCCUCUCUGAUGAAAAUCUUCAUGGUCUGUUUCCUGGCUUGUCUCAUCACCACGGCCGUCGGAGUACUAAUUUUAUCCCUGGUUUACCUGGGUCAUUUCAGUGAGAAAGACUCUGGGCAAGCCAUGAGCCCAGGUACAGACUCAGAGCCACCACAGGACAGCAGUAGCCAGAAAACUGCAAGUCGCUAUAGUUUUAUGAGCCACCUCAGCAAAUCUAAGGUGUUUCAGUUUGAAGGCGGAGCUAUACAGUGGGCGCGCUUCCGGAACCAAGCUAACGAUUAUUCCAGUGACAACGAGAUGCAGUUUGGUACCAGCAUUAAUCGUCACCAGUCUAAAAUGAGCGUGGGCACGCUGCGGAUUGUGAGCAAGGGCUUGAGAGCCCCACAUUGGCACUUCAAUGCUAACGAGCAUGGCUACCUGGUGCAGGGCAAGGCGUGGAUUGGGAUAGUUGAUGAUGGGGCCAACACUGUCACCACCUACAACGUUACAGCUGGCCAGGUCAUCUUUCUCCCUAAGAACACCCUACAUUGGGUGAAGAACGUGGGUGAUGAAGAUUGCCUUUUCCUUCUGUUCUUUACUACUCACGAAGAGCUGAAAACACUUGAUGUGGAUGACGCGUUUUACCUGACGCCGGAGGACAUUGCUGCAAGGUCACUGAAGCCAGUUGGUGGCGUCAAUUUCAUCAGAAGCUUCGAGAAACCAAAAGAAGACCAAGCUAUAAACCUCCCCGAAAACCUGGUGGAACUAAUCCAAAAUGCCGCCUAUGUACAGUCCAAUGACUCGGACGUCUGGAAGUAUUUUUACGACUUGGAAGGGUCGAGACAAUUCAUCUUCCCCGGAGGAAUCAUUCAGUGGGCUCGCCACCGGACGAAUGGAGUUGGCCUAAAUGCCAAUGAGAGGAUCUAUAGUGAAUCUGUAAAUUCACACAGUGACACCCUCACUCUGGGAACCCUAAGAAUAACCAGUAAUGGCCUAAGACAGCCGCAUUUCCACUUCAAUGCACACGAAAUGGGAUAUGUCAUUAGCGGCUGUGGCCAGAUUGGAAUAAUUGGAGAAAAACCUGUUGAGGAUUUUACAGUCGGUAUUGGCGAUGUGUUUUUCUUCCCGAUCGGAACCCAGCAUUACAUCAAAAGCGUAUGCGAUGAGGACUUAUUGAUGAUACUGGCCUUCAGCACUGGAAACCAGCUGGAAACACUUGAUAUGGACGACUAUUUCCAUGCCACGUCUGACCACAUUCUGGCACAGCUCUUCCGAAAGAAGCAGCAAGAAUUUAAGAAAAUUCCGAAAUUCCAGGUGGAUCAAGCUGUUAACCUGCCAUAAUCCC